AUGCCCGGCUUCGCAAGGUUACCACCCUCCGGCAUCAAGGUGAUCAUCGUGGGAGCUGGAUUUGCUGGACUAUGUGCGGCCAUAGAAUGUGAUCGAAAGGGCCAUUCUGUGAUAUUACUCGAGAGAGUACCUGAGUUGAAGCCCUUGGGGGAUAUCAUUAGCUUCUCAUCAAACUCCGGUCAUAUCUUUGAACGAUGGGAAGGUGUGGUUGACGAGCUUGAACCAAUCAGCCACCAUAGUGAAGGGCUCGAUUUUUACGAUUGGAAAGGCAACUUUGCUACGAGGCAAAUAUGGGAUGUCGAGAAGCAAUGGGGAAGACGCAUCAAUGGCCACCGGGGGGAGAUCCAUCAUGUUGUCUUCCAGCAUGCCAAAGCAAGGGGGAUUGACAUCCGACUCGGUCAACAAGUGACUGAUUAUUUUGAGACCGACACAGAAGCGGGCGUGCUCGUGAACGGCGAGAAGCUGGUGGCCGAUUGUGUGUUUGCGGCCGAGGGGGUGAAGUCAGCGGGAAGGAAGAUUGUGCUGGGGUUCGAAGAUCGACCGAAACCCUCAGGAUAUGCUGUAUAUCGAUCCUGGUUUUCAUCCGAUGAUCUAGCCAAGAAUGAGAGAACGAAGCAUUUGGUGGUGAACGGCGAUAGUCAUUCUGGAUGGAUUGGCGAGGACAAGCAUUUCCUCGCUGCAUCAAUAAAGAAUGGCACAGAGUUCAGCUGGGUUCUGACACACAAAGAUGAUGCAGACAUUGAUGAGGAUUGGCAAUUCCCUGGUGACAAGGAGGAAGUCAAGCGGAACUUGCAAGGCUGGGCCCCUAUAGUCCACGACAUUGUCGACGCCACCCCGCCAGAUCGGCUCGUCGAUUAUAAACUGGUCUUUCGAGAUCCAUUGCCGACCUUCAUCUCCCCCAAGGCUCGGAUUGCACUGAUCGGUGAUGCUGCACACCCUUUUUUGCCAACAUCAAUCCAAGGAGCAAGCCAAUCAAUGGAGGAUGGAGUGACCCUGGCUAUCACACUCGAGAAGAGCGGCAAAGACAAUGUUCCUCGGGCCAUUCGCGCCUUUGAAGCCAUCCGAUAUGAGCGUGUCCACCGGGCGCAAAAGACUGGUAUUACGACGCGAGAGCAGUGGCACAAGGCUGACUGGGACAAAAUCUGGAAGGAUGUCAAAUCUCUGCACUUGAAGCGCGAGGCGUGGCUCUUGGAUUUUGACGCAGAGAAACAUGCGUAUGAGGUUGUUGACGAUGUGCUGAAGAAGUUGGAUCGAGGCGUGUCGGUCAAGAGUGACAGCGUGUCAGAGGUAUCGGCUUCGAAUGGAGUGCAGACGAUGCUUGCUCAAGAGAUUGACCAGCUGGCAUAG